AUGAGAAGUGCAAUAAAUGUAACCGAUUGUGUGCCUUUUAAAAACCAAAACGCCGAAACAGAAUUCAAAUCUAAAUUUAUGGAAAAUAUUGAAGAAGUAGUAGCUGCAAGGAAAGCAAGUAAUAAAUCUACGUUACAAUAUCGUCGCCUUAAACGUUACGAUCAGCUACGUUUAAGUGAUAAAAAAAAGUUAAUACUUCCGGUUUCUGAUCAAAUUGCUGACGUAAAAUCUUUUGUUACAAAUGACGAUCUUUUUGAUGUAAUUCACAACGCUCAUCGUGAAUGUGGGCACGGUGGAAGAGAUAGAAUGAUAAAAGCGCUAGGCAAUAAAUAUGUCAAAUUUAAUCAAAUGUCAAAAAUUUGUCAAGUAUGCCAGGAAAAAAGGAACCAACCUAAAAAAGGAUUAAGGUUAUUUAAAGAACUGGAUUCCCGAGGUCAGGUCGAUCUCAUAAAUAUGUAG